AUGGAGGCGCUCAGAUCGGUCAUGGGGUUCUACGGCUGCGACUAUUCCGAGCCUGAGGUGCAUGACCUUGCACAUGUGCUCUCGUACCAGGCGGAAAAGUCGGUAUACCCCAUUACUUCGAGGGAGGAAGCACUCUCCAGAGACAUAGGGUGGGUAGACAAACUUUUCAUAAUCAACUACAGCAGACUGGGUCACCACAUAGAGAGUUUUAAUGAGGAGCCUCAGACUAGCACGUGCUCCAUGUAUCUCUUCAACUUCUCCAAUUUGAUGUCGAAGCACGAUUGA